CACUCACAGGGGCCGGCCAGGCUGGGGCAGCCAUGGUAGCAGCACUAAUCUGGAUUCCUCUCCUUGUGGGUCUCCUGGCAGGACUGGGGGGCACGGAGGCCCAGCAGACCACACUUCACCCGCUGGUGGGUCGUGUCUUUGUGCACACACUGGAUCAUGCCACCUUCCUGCGUCUUCCGGAGCACAUCGCUGUCCCGCCCACCGUCCGCAUCACCUACCACGCCCACCUGCAGGGACACCCAGAUCUGCCCCGGUGGCUCCGCUACACCCAGCGCAGCCCCUACAACCCUGGCUUCCUCUAUGGUACCGCCACCCCAGAAGAUCGUGGGCGCCAGGUCAUCGAGGUCACAGCCUACAACCGGGACAGCUUUGAUACCACUCGGCAGAGGCUGGUGCUGCUGAUUGGGGACCCGGAAGGCCCCUGGCUGCCUUACCAAGCUGAGUUCCUGGUGCGUAGCCAUGAUGUGGAGGAGGUGCUGCCCUCGACGCCUGCCCACCGCUUCCUCACAGCCUUGGCAGGGCUCUGGGAGCCCGGGGAGCUGCAGCUGCUCAACAUCACUUCUGCCUUAGACCGUGGGGGCCGUGUCCCUCUUCCCAUUGAGGGCCGGAAGGAAGGGGUGUACAUCAAGGUGGGCUCUGCCUCACCCUUCUCUACCUGCCUGAAGAUGGUUGCCUCCCCUGACAGCCACGCCCGCUGUGCCCAGGGCCAGCCUCCACUUCUAUCCUGCUACGACAACCUGGCACCUCACUUCCGUGUUGACUGGUGCAAUGUGUCCCUGGUGGAUAAGUCAGUGCCAGAGCCGGUGGAUGAGGUGACCACCCCAGGCGACGGAAUUCUGGAGUAUGACCCAUUCUUCUGUCCACCUACGGAGGCCACAGCCCAAGAGUUCCUGGCAGAUUUCCUGGUCACUCUCCUGCUGCCUUUGCUGGUGGCCCUUCUGCUUACCUUGCUGCUGGCCUAUGUCAUGUGUUGCCGGCGAGAAGGACGAUUGAAGAGAGACCUGGCCACCUCUGACAUUCAGAUGGUCCACCAUUACACCAUCCACGGGAACACAGAGGAGCUGCGGCAGAUGGCAGCCAGCCGCGAGGUGCCCCGGCCUCUCUCCACCCUGCCCAUGUUCAACGUGCGCACGGGCCAGCGGCUGCCUCCCCGUGUGGACAGCGCCCAGGUGCCCCUCAUCCUGGACCAGCACUGA